AUGAACUCGUUGUUGAUGAUCACUGCUUGUUUGGUUCUGAUCGGAACAGUGUGGGCAAAAGAUCUGGUGAACAUGAUCACAUGUGAACAUGAUCUGGUGAACAUGAGCACAGGCUGCAAAUACGAGUGCUUUGUUUUGGGAAAAAACACUUACUGCAAUACGGAAUGCAAAACGCCGAACCAAGGAGGUAUUUACGGCUAUUGUAAGGCUUUUGCGUGUUGGUGCGAAGGUUUGCCCGAAAGUACACCGACUUAUCCCAUUUAUUAUAAAACAUGCAGCAAAAAAUAA